GCGUCUUCCUGGGCCUGGAGAUUACCCCGAGGGCCGGCGCGGUGCGCAGAAAGGGCGUUAACUUUUCUCCGCUGUGCACAAAUUUGGAAGGGAGCCCAGCCUUCCGCGGGAAACGCCCCCUUCUUCCGUCUGGGCCGGGCUAGUGAGGCCAAUUGCUGGGCCUCCCUUGCACCGAGGCACUUCUGUGGGAUAUGGCGGGCCGUGAGGAGGGCAGCGCAGCCCCCCUGGUACUUCUGGGGUCCCCAGGAGUGUGCAGUAAGGGGUUGCAAAGGAAGGGGCCCGGUGAGCGGCGCCGGCUGAAGGCGAUGGUGUCGGAGCAGCUCAGCCAGGAUCUGCUCAGGCUUUUAAGGGAAGAAAUCCAUACAGAUGUUACUUUCUCUAUAGAUGGUACUUUAUUCAAAGUACACAAAGCAGUCCUUUUAGCAAGGGUUCCUGCCUUCUAUUUUCAUUUUAUUGGACAGACAUCAAAUAAUUUAAUAAAUCAUAAGCCUAUACCUGUGGAAAAUGUUGAUGCUUCAGAAUUUAGAACAUUUUUACCGAUUGUAUAUUCAUCAAACAGAAACAUAAAAAACUAUGAAGAGGAAAUUCUUAGCAAAAUGAAAAUGGAAAGCGGGAUACCUCAAAAGAAACUUGAUUUUAGUUUUCAAAAGCAUAAAAAUUCAUCUGAUUUUUCUCUUCAGAAGCAUGAGAUUCCAGAGGAUGUCAGUGAUAAAGAUGAAAGUUUAAUUUCUAAUGAUAAUUAUGACUUGGAACCUGCCUCUGAAUUAGGAGAAGAUUUAUUGAAGCUUUAUGUGAAACGUUGUUGUCCAGAUAUUGAUAUUUAUGUUGAUGGAAAAAGUUUUAAAGCCCACAGGGCCAUUUUAAGUGCCAGAUCUACUUACUUUGCUGCAAUGCUGAGUGGCUGUUGGGCUGAAACCUCCCAAGAGUACAUUACUCUUCAAGGUAUAAACCAUGUAGAAAUGAAUGUUAUGAUGCAUUUUAUCUAUGGAGGAACUUUGGAUUUUCCAGACAAAGCUAACGUUGGUCAGAUACUCAGUAUCGCUGAUAUGUAUGGACUAGAAGGAUUAAAAGAAGUAGCAAUCUACAUUUUAAGAAGAGAUUACUGUAAUUUCUUUCAGAAGCCUGUUCCCAGAACAUUGGCGUCUGUAAUAGAAUGUCUAAUUAUUGCUCAUUCAGUUGGAGUGGAAAAUCUUUUUGCUGACUGCAUGAAGUGGAUUGUGAUGCAUUUUGCAAGGUUUUGGUCUGAGAGAAGCUUUGCAAAUGUACCUCCAGACAUUCAGAAACGUUGUCUUAAUAUGUUGAUUCAGUCUCUAAAUGAUAAAAAUGCUGCUUUUCUUCUGAUGGAGAGUGAUAGGCUAAUCAUCAGUUUACCCAGAGUAAAGUGGACAGAAGCAGCACUGACCAUGGCAUCUCAGCUCCAGGAAGAAUGCGUUGCAUUUAUCGUAGAAAAUUUCUCCGGGAUCAUUCAUAGUGAAAAUUUCACUCUUCUCUUACAGUCACAAGCAAUGAGCAGCACAGCUGAUCUGUUGGACAAAAUUUUAAAAGCAAUUGAUGAAAAUAUUACCACUGAAAAUAGUUGCUCUCUUCUUAUGGCUCUAGACACAUUAUUGAACUCUGAAACUACAAAGGAAAUGGGUUUUACGUGCAAGAUCCAAGCUCUGCGUGAUAAGCUGUGGAUCUUCCUAGUUCAGUCUUUCUAUGCUGUUCGACACACAGAAAGCUGGAAGCUGAUGAGCACAGAUGAUCAACAGAAAAUUCAAGCAGCUGCACUUGACAAAGGUGAUGACCGAAGACUUGGCAAAAAGCCUAUAUUCAGUAGCUCUCAGCAAAGGAGACAUGUUUCUGACUCUGGUGUUAUAAAAAACAAAUCUUGGAGAGAAAAUAACAAGAAAGAGUGUUGGCGUUCUCUCUCUACUAAUCAAAAGAUGAAAUCUGAUGGAUUAGGAGCAUCUGGACAUUCAUCAAAUGCUAAUAGAAAUAGUAUAAGUAAAACUUCAAAGCAUGAUGAUUUAAAGGAAAAGGAUGGUACAAAAAUAGCAUCUAAGAUUACAAAAGGAUUGAAAACUGGGGAAAAAGAUAUUUCUGGAAAUCCCAAAACUAUAGUAAAGCCCAAAAUAGAAAAUAAUGAUAAUACAAAGUUGGAAAACUUGUCACUUAAAGUUGUGGAAAGAACAGCAGCAUCAAUUGGACAGAAAAGUUCAUUAAAUGCAAAAAAAUUAAGAAAUCAGGAAGGGCAAGUUACAGGUGCCAGACCAAAGGUACUUACUGGGAACUUAAAUGUGCAAGCCAAAACAAAGCCUUUUAAAACGGUGACAGGGAAAGAUUCUCCAUGCCUCAGCAUCACUGGACCCUCCAGCAGAUCUACAAAUUCAAGUAUGGAAUUGCUGACUUCCACCGGAUGUCUCAGUGAACCAAAACAAAAUGGAUCAGUAGGAGAAGAGAAGUCUUCUGGUCAGAAGCUAUCCUUUUGUGAUUCUCCAGGAGAGAUGGUGAAAAGCAGUGUAGAUGGUGUCAAAACUUCCUCUGUAGCACUAAAGUCUCGGCCUAUUUCAAGAGUUUCUAAUGGGAUUUCCAAUAAAAAAGGCAUUCAUGAACAAGACACUAAUGUAAAUAAUAGUGUACUAAAGAAGGUCAGUGGGAAAAGAUAUAGUGAUCCAGUACCACAAGCAGUCUUGAAGAAAAGGAGUAAUGGCAAUGGACAGCAAAGGAUGAAGAGUGCCCCAUCUAAACUUGCUAAAAUUCAAGGAUCCCAAGAAGAGUCACCAAGUUCAGUUAAAUCUUCAGUCUCUUCAAGGCAGUCAGGUGAAAAUGUGACAAAGUUGGACCACAGUAUAACUACAGAUAAACAAACGUCUAAGAGAAAAAUUGUCAAGCAAGGACACAUAAAUACUCCUAAGCCUAAUGCAAAAAUGUCAAUACCUAAAAACCUAAAUCAGCCAAAGAUACUCAAAACGUUGAAUAAUAAAGAUUCAAAACAAAAAAUGCUUCCUAAACAGGUUAUACUGAAAACUCAGUCUUCUCAAAAAUAUUCAAAAAGUGAAAUGUCUGUUGUCCAAAAAAGCUGUCGUGAUGUACAUGACAAUAACAACAAAGACAAUGUUUCUGAACAAAAACCUUACAGAUCUCUAAUUAAUCUCACAUCUGAAAUCAGUGAUAUGGAAGCAUUCCAUUCAUCCUGCAGAUCUGACCCACAAAAGCUAUUAAGCAGUCAAGAAAAGGAUAAGUUGGGGUUAGAAUGCCAGAAUAUUUCAAAGCUGGACAAAUCAAUAAAACAUGAACUGAAAGCAAGACAGAUUUGUUUAGAUAACAAUGAAACAAAAGUUCCCAAUCACAAAGACAUAAAUCACUGCAAUAUAACUAAAACAUACAGUCAUUCUGAUGAGAGUGAUAUAGAUUCAAAAUUUUUUAGCGUCACUGCUCUAAAAUCUACACUUUCAAAUAUAAAUGAAAAUUCCUUAAACUGUAAUUCAGUUUGUGAUUUAGAUACAACAAAUAUAGAGCAAAUUUAUUUAAUAUCAGAUAGAGAGAAACAAGUAGGGAAAAAAGAUACAAACAUAAAAUGUGUGAAAGAGGCUUUACCUUGCGCUCCUGAAAAGGCAAAAAGUACCUUAAAUACUGUUCAAGAUGAUAGAAAAUCUAAAAUUUGUGUAGAACCCACAACUCCUAAUCAGGUGUUUGAUGAUUCUACUGUGAAGGAAGACAAACAUGCUGCAGCAGAUUCAGAUGUUUCCUCCAAAUGUUUUUCAGGACACGUGUCAGGAAAAAAUUUUUCUAAAAAUAUAGAAACACUAGAAACUCUAGAGAACCAUGAAACUCUAGAAGUUCCAUUCACCAGCCACUGGAAUUUGAAUACCAGUGUGCUGCCUCAAAGAGAGAGUCCUGAAUCCGACACAGGCAGUGCUACCACAUCCUCUGAUGACAUAAAGCCCAGAUCUGAAGACUAUGAUGCCGGAGGGUCUCAGGAUGAUGAUGGAUCAAAUGACAGAGGUAUUUCUAAAUGUGGCACUAUGCUGUGCCAUGAUUUUCUUGGAAGAAGCAGCAGCGAUACCAGUACUCCUGAAGAAUUAAAAAUAUAUGAUAGUAAUUUAAGAAUUGAAGUAAAACUGAAAAAGCAAAGUAAUAGUGAACUUUUCCAAGUUAAUUCAACAAGUGAUGAUGAAAUUCCUAGGAAAAGGCCAGAAAUUUGGUCUCGAUCUACAAUAGUCCACCCUAGGGAAAAAGAACAUAUUCCACGAGGCAGUAUCCAGUUUACUCAGGAGAUAGAUCAGAUUUCUUCUUCAGCAGAUGAAACAGAAGAUGAAAGAUCUGAAGCUGAAAAUGUUGCAGAAAUUUUCUCUAUAACUAAUCCAGCUCCACAGCAAUUUCAGGGAAUAAUAAACCUAGCUUUUGAAGAUGGAACUGAAAAUGAAAGGCGUGAGUUUUCUGCAACUAAAAAGUUUAAAAGGUCAGUUUUACUUUCAGUUGAUGAGUGUGAAGAACUGGGAUCUGAUGAAGGGGAAGUUCAUGCCUUUCACCCUUCUGUAGAUUAUUUUUCACCUUCUGAUGUUUUUGAUGGUGUUUCUCAUGAGCAUCAUGAAAGGACCUGUUAUCCCAGAUUCUCACAAGAAAGUGAAGAUAGUAUUUUAAAAUGUAAACAACAAGAUAAAGGUAAUAGUGCAAAUAAAACUGACAGCACUGUCUUGGGUCUUAGUAGCACUGACUCUUUGAAAACAGAUAAACAGAGUACUACAGCCACAGACAAAAAGAAUACAUUAGAUGUCCUGUCCAGAGGAAACAGACAGCUUUUUCAAGAAGAUAAAAAAGUACACAGUGGAAGAGACAUGGAUAAUGACUUUCAGCAACGCAGAAAAUUCGUGGAUAGUGAUAUAAAAUCUCAAGAAAGACCAUGUCAUUUGGAGCUUCAUCAAAGAGAACCCAGUUCUGACAUACCAAAGAACAGCUCUGCAAAAUCUGUAGACUCCUUUCGGAGUCACAUUCUGCCUCAGGAAGGUCAAGUGAAAGAAAGCCAUUCUACAGCUACAGAAAAAGCUAAUAUUGCUUUAUCUGCAGGAGACAUAGAUGAUUGUGACACACUGGCACAAACCCACAUGUAUGACCAUCGGCCUUCAAAAACCCUCUCUCCAAUAUAUGAGAUGGAUAUAACAGAAGCAUUUGAGCAGAAAAUGGAAUCUGAAACGCAUGUGACAGAUACGGAUAUUGAAGAUGAUCAACACUUUGCAAAACAGGAUUGGACACUACUAAAGCAACUGCUCUCGGAACAGGAUUCAAACUUAAAUAUUACAAAUUCUCUUCCUGAAGACCUAAAUUUGGCACAGUAUUUAAUCAAUCAAACACUCCUUUUAGCACGAGACAGCUCCAAGCCUCAGGGUAUAGCACAUGUUGACACUUUGAACAGAUGGAGUGAACUAUCAUCUCCUCUUGAUAAUUCCUCAACAAGUAUUACCAUGGCUAGUUUUUCCUCUGAAGAUUGUUCACCUCAAGGGGAAUGGACAAUUCUGGAACUAGAAACUCAGCAUUAAAAGUCUUAAAUAUUUGGAAGAUUUAAACUAUGCCAUCCCUGUAUUUUUUUUUGAUGUCUAUAUUAUAUCUAAAUUAUAAUUGCAUUAGACAGAUAUAGACUGUCCUUGAUACUGAGGGAGUUUUCCAGAUUAUUGAGAUAAACAUAGUUUAUUAAAAUGAUAUCACACGUAGAAAGUGUUUUUCCAAAGUCUUUGAGCAUGUUUUCUAUAAUUAUUAGAAAAAUUAGAAGAUUUCAUAAGGAAACACACAGUUUUCCUUUCCUUCCUGAUCAUUUGUUCCCUUGUUUAUUAUUCAAGAAUUUAAAGUAGGAAUGCACAAGUAGAUCAUUCCCUUUACCCCUUUUUGCUCUGCAUAUGGUACCAUAGUAAUUUAACAAUAAAAAACUUACUAUGCUUGUGUCUGUUUAUAUAAAGUUAAUAUUGUCAUGCUCAAGUUGGGAUGAUUUACACUAUGGGGGAAAAAGAAAGCUCAGCUUUCUCAACAGUUCCAAUCCAGGAGAUUGUG